ACAAGGUCCUCAAGCCCAUCGCCACCCACAUGGUGGGAUGGAUGCACUACCUCGGCCGCGGCACUCCUCUUGACAAACAAAAGGGCACCAAGAUCAUCCGCGAUAAUCAAUCGGAUGAGUUCAAGCUCGGAGAGGGCGAAUGCCUGGCAUGGUGGGGAUACGAAUGCAAAUCCGAUUCACCCGCAGCUUGCAAGUUCUUCGAUUUGUGCCAGCUGGGAUCAGAUCGCGACUGGCUGUGCAGAUACCUCAUGGCCGUGUGCGUAUUCCUUGGAUUUGGAACAGCAGAAGACCGAGCCAUGGCAGUGGGUAUAAUUGAGCAACUCGCUAAAGGCAGCCAAAGCGACUGCCAGUUCACAAUUGGAAGGUGUUUCUUCUAUGGCUGGGAUGUACCGGAAGACUACAAAAAGGCCAUCGAGUGGUUCAGAAAGUCGGCCGACCAAGGCAAUUCGUAUGUCGGCCGAGCAGGGCAAUCGAUACGGGCAGUUUUGGCUCGGUAACUGCUUCCAAUUUGGCCGGGGUGUCCCCAAGAACAUCGACACCGCUGUCGGCUGGUAUCGCAAGUCCGCAGACCAGGGAAACCGAGAUUCCAUCAACAUCCUCAAAUCCCUCGGCAAGUGGGCCUGAUCCCCCGAGUAUCAUUCCCAAGCAACCAAGUCCCACAUCCAACAACAAGCAGUCAAGCAAACCACGCCACUCACCCACCUCAAACAUCAUGACACCAAAAAGUGGACUUGCAGAGUGGUUCCGAUCAAUCGAUAUUGGUCGAGUGAUCUUGUAUUUUACAUUCAAUAUACCAGUGUUCCCCCACGAA